UAAGACUUGAGGGUUUCCUGGAAUUGCUUUUUAUCUAGAACUGUCACUCGCCGAAUACUUCCAUCUGACCUUGCAAGUGUGCAUUUUGGGAAGGUUACACAGCAUCUCCUUGUUUCUUUCUUUUGAAGCGGGUUUAAACCCUCCGGGUCUCCGAUAGUCACUAUCCAACAAGUCUAUACCUAGCGUAACCCCUAUCUACUACUAUUUACACACUCUCUUCUCUGUGACAGCACAACACACAAACCACCCCGAUCUCCAACAUGGCUACUACCACCACCGAAGACCCCAUCAAACUCACAUACCAAGGCCGUCUGGCAAUAAUCACCCUCAACCGGCCCAAGAAACUCAAUGCCCUAGACGCAGACCUCUACUACCUCCUCGGCGAACGUCUCCGCGAAGUAGACAAGCGCGAUGACAUCUACAUCACCAUUCUUACAGGCUCAGGACGUUACUUCUCCGCCGGCGCGGACGUAAACUCCACCCGCCCCGGCGCGGGCCUCGGCACCUCCGCACGACGAGACCUUGCCCGAUCCUUCGUAAUAAACAACUACGACAUCACACACACAUUCGCGCACCACUCGAAGAUCCUCAUCGCGGCACUCAACGGCCCCGCCGUCGGACUCUCCGCGGCCCUCAUCGCCCUCGCGGACUUCAUCUACGCCGCGCCGCACACCUUCCUCCUCACGCCGUUCGCCUCGCUGGGUCUUGUAGCGGAGGGCGGGUCGUCGCGGGCGUUUGUGGAACGGUUGGGCAUUGCGAAGGCCAACGAGGCGCUUAUUAUGAGUAAGCGGAUUACGUGUGAGGAGUUGGUGGCUACGGGGUUCGUGAAUAAGGUGUUUACGGCGCCGAGUGGGAAGAGUGAUGAUAGUGAGGGGUUCCUGGGGUUGGUGUUGCAGGAGGUCGAGGAGAGGUUGGGGUUGCAUUUGAAUCAGGAUAGUUUGCUGAAGAUUAAGGAGUUGAUUAGACGGCCUGAGAGGGAGGUGUUGGAUCGUCAGAAUGGGUUGGAGGUUUUUGGGGGCCUUGAGAGGUUCUUGAGUGGUGUGCCGCAGGAGGAGUUUAGGAGGUUGGCGAGUGGGGAGAAGAAGCAUAAGUUGUGAGUGGUUGGGUUGGGUUGUGGGGGUAUAUAGUAGUGGUAGUAGUAUAUAGGGGAUAGAUGGUAGAGAGGUGAAGGU